AUGGCCGACCGCGAGCAGCCGUACGAUCCGUAUAUCCCCUCAGGCGCCAACGGCGCGGGAGGAAGCAAUCGGCAGGAUGGCAAUCACCGCACUGCGGCACUCCAAGCGGAAAUCGACAGCACAGUCGGCAUAAUGCGCGACAACAUCAACAAAGUCUCCGAGCGCGGCGCACGUCUCGACUCGCUGCAAGACAAGACGGACAACCUGGCCGUCAGCGCGCAGGGGUUCCGGCGCGGCGCCAACCGCGUCAGGAAGCAGAUGUGGUGGAAGGACAUGAAGAUGCGGAUUUGCAUUAUCGUGGGCAUCAUCAUCUUGUUGAUUAUCAUCAUCGUGCCUGCUGUUGUCGCGACAAGAUAA